UGUUCAUUAGAUUUAAAGGCAGCGAUGUUAAUAGUGUUCAUCUCUGUGCUUUAUGAUAAUAUGUUUGUAGAUUAAAGCUCUCUGGAUGAUGGCAGUGAAUCUGAGUAAACACGGCGCAGCUCUCUCAGCUGCUUAUAAUGAAGUGGUGGAGGGAAAAACUGACACUGACUGGGUGUUAUUCACAUACGAAGGAAACAGCAAUGACAUCCAAAUAGCAGCAAAAGGAGGUGGAGGUUUAGAUGAGAUGGUACAGGAGCUCAGUGCAGGUAAAGUGAUGUACGCCUUCUGCAGGGUGACGGAUCCGCAUUCCGGAGUCCCAAAAUUCAUCCUCAUUAACUGGAUUGGUGAAGGAGUGGCAGGUGUGAGAAGAGGCGUGUGCGCUAAUCACUUAUACACCAUGGCCAGUUUUUUAAGGGGAGCUCAUGUGACGAUUAAUGCACAUUCAGAAGACGACGUUGGGCCUGAACUCAUCAUGAAUAAAGUCUCUCAGGCUGUAGGAGUGAAUUACAGCAUUUAUACUGAAUCAGAUCGAUUUAACAACACUGAGACCUCACAUCCUGUGGGUUCAGCGUAUCGCAGAACCAGGGCAUUACAUGAAAUUAAAGAAACUGAGAGGGAAAACUUCUGGGCCCAAAUGGAGAAAGAGGAACAAACUCGCCGUCAGCAGGAGAGAAAAAAAGCAGAGGAGGAACGACAGAGACUGGAGAAAGAGAGAAAAGAACAGGAGGAGAGAGAGACAGCUGAGAGAGAGAGACGGCUGAGAGAGAGAGCCAAACAGAUCGAUCAGCUGAGAUUGUUAGAGAAGAGACAGGAAAACCAACUUCAAAAUCAGCAGCGACAGGAACCGGUGGAGCAAGAACUUCAGGCUGCUCAGUGGAAAGGAAUAAAAAGUUCCAGAUCUGUUCAGGAAACCAAUGGUUUAAAGUAUCGUAAAACCAGUGCUUUAGAGGAAAUUAAUGGCAUUGACAGGGAAGCUUUCUGGGCUCAGUCGGAGAAAGAGGAACAAACUCGCCGUCAGCAGGAGAGAAAAAAAGCAGAGGAGGAACGACAGAGAUUGGAGAAAGAGAGAAUAGAACAGGAGGAGAGAGAGACGGCUGAGAGAGAGAGACGGCUGAAAGAGAGAGCCAAACAGAUCGAUCAGCUGAGAUUGUUAGAGAAGAGACAGGAAAACCAACUUCAAAAUCAGCAGCGACAGGAACCGGUGGAGCAAGAACUUCAGGCUGCUCAGUGGAAAGGAAUAAGAAGUUCCAGAUCUGUUCAGGAAGCCAAUGGUUUAAAGUAUCGUAAAACCAGUGCUUUAGAGGAAAUUAAUGGCAUUGACAGGGAAGCUUUCUGGGCUCAGUCGGAGAAAGAGGAACAAACUCGCCGUCAGCAGGAGAGAAAAAAAGCAGAGGAGGAACGACAGAGAUUGGAGAAAGAGAGAAUAGAACAGGAGGAGAGAGAGACGGCUGAGAGAGAGAGACGGCUGAAAGAGAGAGCCAAACAGAUCGAUCAGCUGAGAUUGUUAGAGAAGAGACAGGAAAACCAACUUCAAAAUCAGCAGCGACAGGAACCGGUGGAGCAAGAACUUCAGGCUGCUCAGUGGAAAGGAAUAAGAAGUUCCAGAUCUGUUCAGGAAGCCAAUGGUUUAAAGUAUCGUAAAACCAGUGCUUUAGAGGAAAUUAAUGGCAUUGACAGGGAAGCUUUCUGGGCUCAGUCGGAGAAAGAGGAACAAACUCGCCGUCAGCAGGAGAGAAAAAAAGCAGAGGAGGAACGACAGAGAUUGGAGAAAGAGAGAAUAGAACAGGAGGAGAGAGAGACGGCUGAGAGAGAGAGACGGCUGAAAGAGAGAGCCAAACAGAUCGAUCAGCUGAGAUUGUUAGAGAAGAGACAGGAAAACCAACUUCAAAAUCAGCAGCGACAGGAACCGGUGGAGCAAGAACUUCAGGCUGCUCAGUGGAAAGGAAUAAGAAGUUCCAGAUCUGUUCAGGAAGCCAAUGGUUUAAAGUAUCGUAAAACCAGUGCUUUAGAGGAAAUUAAUGGCAUUGACAGGGAAGCUUUCUGGGCUCAGUCGGAGAAAGAGGAACAAACUCGCCGUCAGCAGGAAAGAAAGAAAGCAGAAGAGGAACGACAGAGACUUGAGAAAGAAAGAAUAGAACAGGAGGAGAGAGAGACAGCUGAAAGAGAGAGACGGCUGAGAGAGAGAGCCAAACAGAUCGAUCAGCUGAGAUUGUUAGAGAAGAGACAGGAAAACCAACUUCAAAAUCAGCAGCGACAGGAACCGGUGGAGCAAGAACUUCAGGCUGCUCAGUGGAAAGGAAUAAAAAGUUCCAGAUCUGUUCAGGAAACCAAUGGUUUAAAGUAUCGUAAAACCAGUGCUUUAGAGGAAAUUAAUGGCAUUGACAGGGAAGCUUUCUGGGCUCAGUCGGAGAAAGAGGAACAAACUCGCCGUCAGCAGGAAAGAAAGAAAGCAGAAGAGGAACGACAGAGACUUGAGAAAGAAAGAAUAGAACAGGAGGAGAGAGAGACAGCUGAAAGAGAGAGACGGCUGAGAGAGAGAGCCAAACAGAUCGAUCAGCUGAGAUUGUUAGAGAAGAGACAGGAAAACCAACUUCAAAAUCAGCAGCGACAGGAACCGGUGGAGCAAGAACUUCAGGCUGCUCAGUGGAAAGGAAUAAAAAGUUCCAGAUCUGUUCAGGAAACCAAUGGUUUAAAGUAUCGUAAAACCAGUGCUUUAGAGGAAAUUAAUGGCAUUGACAGGGAAGCUUUCUGGGCUCAGUCGGAGAAAGAGGAACAAACUCGCCGUCAGCAGGAGAGAAAGAAAGCAGAGGAGGAACAACAGAGAUUGGAGAAAGAGAGAAUAGAACAGGAGGAGAGAGAGACAGCUGAAAGAGAGAGACGGCUGAGAGAGAGAGCCAAACAGAUCGAUCAGCUGAGAUUGUUAGAGAAGAGACAGGAAAACCAACUUCAAAAUCAGCAGCGACAGGAACCGGUGGAGCAAGAACUUCAGGCUGCUCAGUGGAAAGGAAUAAAAAGUUCCAGAUCUGUUCAGGAAACCAAUGGUUUAAAGUAUCGUAAAACCAGUGCUUUAGAGGAAAUUAAUGGCAUUGACAGGGAAGCUUUCUGGGCUCAGUCGGAGAAAGAGGAACAAACUCGCCAUCAGCAGGAGAGAAAGAAAGCAGAGGAGGAACGACAGAGACUUGAGAAAGAAAGAAUAGAACAGGAGGAGAGAGAGACAGCUGAAAGAGAGAGACGGCUGAAAGAGAGAGCCAAACAGAUCGAUCAGCUGAGAUUGUUAGAGAAGAGACAGGAAAACCAACUUCAAAAUCAGCAGCGACAGGAACCGGUGGAGCAAGAACUUCAGGCUGCUCAGUGGAAAGGAAUAAGAAGUUCCAGAUCUGUUCAGGAAGCCAAUGAUGCAGCAGCUGUCAUCUCUCAGCGUGCCAUCAAUCCCAAAGACAUUUUUAGUCAAAAAGAAACAAACUUCUUCACUAACAGAGCCUCUGCUUUACAACCAGCAUUUAAUGAAAAGAAACAGCUGAAAGAAAACAUCUACGACACAGUUCCAUCAAAUCACAGAGUCUAUGAGGAGGUGGGAGACAACAGGUCAGCAGGUAAACAGUCGUCUGGUCUUCAGGACACUCGCUACGCUAAAGCGCUGUAUGAUUAUCAGCUGAUGACACUGAGAUCACCUUUGACCCUGGUGACAUCAUCACUGUUGUGGAGAUGGCAGAUGAAGGCUGGUGGCACGGUUACGGGCCUGGUGGCCAUUAUGGGAUGUUUCCUGCUAAUUACGUGGAGCUCAUUUAAAUAUUUAAAUUGCACUUAUAUGUUUAAUCUAUUCCUCCAAAACCCUGAUGGUUUGAUGGUUCUGAGCAGAAGGUGUUGAGUUACACAGCCAUGAACACGCUACAUGUGUGUAAUUAACAUGUUUCUCACUUUAACUGUUCAAUUGGGUUCCUUUAAAAACUUUCCUGAGAUUACAAAUAUUUACAAUAAACUGCUAAAGUACUGUGUUUGGAUUCAUUGUUUUAGAAAACACACACACAUUAAAUCAGUAAAGUAAAUGGUACAUGGUGUGUAAGGCAGUACUUUAUUAAUGAUCUAGAUCAGCUGUAGCGCCGCAGCUAAACGUCUUUGACUAGAUUUGGGGUAGAUUUGAAGUAAAGAGCUUGUCUUAAUCCUGAAUAUACUACACUUUUGUACUUUUGCACAGAUUAGCCUUGCCUCGGUGUUUAUGAAUGAACUUAAUAAGUGAAUGAUUUUAAUAAUCUAAUAAACCACUAUCUGCCCUUUCUGAAGAUAAAGAGGAAUGACAGCAGCGGUGUUAGAGGAGUGUAAACUCAUUCAGUACACACUUCUUAUUAAAUAAUUAUGUAGAUUAAGAUAGGGGCGGGACUAUUAGAGAUUGACGUGGUUAAAAAACACAC